AUGGCGUCCUCUCUCCGCUGUAGCAUGCAGCCCUGCAUAUUCCUAAACAGGGCUUUGCUGGAUGCCGGAACCGACACCACCUCUCAUCAUGGGGUUUUGCCGCUCACGGGCCCAUCAAAAGUGACCAGGUUUGGUCUGGCGCAGUGGAGGGUGCACAAAGCAACCGCAGAAUUCUCGGAAAGAGCAGAUAUUUUUCAAAGUCGGCGGAUGGACUGGGGGAGUGCAGGCGUCCUUUGCAUCGUUCGGAGAGGUGUCCGCUCCCAAUCAACAACGGCAGGCAAGCCCAGAACUUCAGUGCAGCUCAGAGCCUUCACCUCCAGGAGCACUGACGGCGCCAGCACAUCGAACCCUGCUCCAAGGCACGCUUCCUCUGCACCCAACCACCCCGUACAGCCUGCCCAAGGCAGUGCUCAAAGAAAGGUACCCGACGGCCAUUCGAACACAGUGCUAAGGCCCCAGAAGGAUGCUUUUACAACUAGAAGUGGCAAGCCUUUAAUGGAUGAGCUGGGAGGGACCGUGCCAGCGGAUGAAGAAGACGUGUUGGAUGCUUGGCGUUCCGAGAUUCUCGGAGAGAGCACCAAAGCUGGGGGCUCUGCUGCUACGAACAGGGGGGUUCAGUCGGUCAGCACGCCGGGGGAGUCCGGCGCGAUGGGAGGAGGAGGCGCUUCUGGAGAUGAGGGAUCAGGGAAAAGGGAAACGAGGGAGAAUGUGGCAGGGGUUAGCGGGGUGCAAUCUGGGGGCUCAGAUGCGUCUGACGCUUUUCAACGAAAGACGGCGCUGGCAGCCCGGCUACUGGGGCUGAACGACCCCGCUGACAUCAGCGUCCCGUCAGGCCCCCCGGCCAGGGAGGUCCUCGCAGGCCUAAAGAACCCUCCCUGGAAAGCGGAGGGGAGCAGUAGCGGCGAGUCUGGGUCGGCAGAAGGGGAAGGCCCUGUUUUAAGCGAGGGCGACCGGUGGCGGCAGGAGCGGCUGCAGCAGUACCUCGAAAACAAGGCCCGGGUGCAGGCCAGUCGGGCAGCUGAAAGUAGCGGACGAGGAGUUGCGGCAUACCCCCGGAAAGACAUGGGGAGGGUGCGGAAGAGUCGCGGGAUGGAGGGGCCGGGCCUCGAGCGCAAGCACAGCCGGCCGGGGUACAUCCCACUCGCCCGAGCAGCGAUGUUUACGCAGUUCAACAGCGAGGUGCACGAGGCAAUCAAACAGGCGGUCGGUGCUGGGGAGGGGCGAGCAGAGGUAGAAGAAGAGGCUCGUUCCCAGGCAGCGGAGUCUGGGUUGGCAGAACCGAAAGCUGAGGACGGCGCUAGUAUAGAGGCUGAAGAGCAGGGUUCUUCAGCAUUUGAGAAAGCUGGGGCGUCCGAAGGGUCCGAAACGGUGGUGUCCGAAGAGCAGGUCGCAGCAAUGGGUCCGAAUCUGCUCAAGUCGGCUCUCGCUGCGGGCUCUGUCUCCGAAUUGCAAGAGCUGAUUCGUGCUCACGAGGAGGCGACUUCGGACGUUUUGGACGCGGACACCGGGUCGAUGCUCGUCCGCGAGCUAAGCUGGGCCAGGCGUCCGGAGCUGGCGGAGGCCGUCUUCCGGACACUGUGCGCCGUCGGGAACGAGCCGAGCGCGCGCGCAUGCGCCGCUCUAGUUGCCGCCGCGCACAGGAGUGAAGACUUCCGGAUGACGCUGCGCGUGUUUUCGGCUGCUCGGGUGCGGGAGAUCGUGCCGGACCGGGCCACGUGCAUGGCGGCGCUCGCGGCGUGUCACCGCCUUGGCCGGUGGCGGGAAGCGAAGGCAAUCUUUUCGGACAUGCUCCGGACGGGCCUCGAGCCGGACACGCUCGCUUAUAACGCCCUGCUUAUGGUGCUCGGGGGGCAGCGGCAGGCGGCGGAAGUGCAGGCCGUCUGGGUCUCGAUGCAGGCGCGGGGCGUGCGGCCGAACUCGCAGACGUACGGGCUGCUCAUCUCGACGUUCACGAAAGCGGAGCUUGCGGAAAACGCGCUUGAAAUCUACGAGCGGCUGACGAAGGAGGGGCUCCAACCGUCGGCCCUCAUGUACGAGGGGCUCGUCGUGCUGCUGUGCCGAAACAAGCGGGAUCGCAUGGCCCUGAACUUCUACCAGGAGAUGCGGCUCGCGGGGUGCGUUCUGAGAGCGCGCGGGUGCGCCGUCCUGCUGUCGGCGCUCGCGAAGGGCUGGGUCCUCGACUGGGAGUCGGCGCUGGAAGUGUACACCAACAUGAAGAGCGACAAGGUCCAGCUGGACGUGCACCACAUGACGGCCCUCCUAAAGGUUCUCGCGCUCAGCAGGCAGACCGAGGCCGCCCUGGAAACCUGGAAGGAGUUCCUCGCGGCCGGCGUCGCGCCCGACCGCGCGUGCUACAACUCGGUCAUCGGCGUCCUGCGCGUGGUGCACGACUACGACCGUGCAAUGGACUUCUUCUGGGAGAUGAAGGACAGGGGGAUCCCCCCGGACCAGGAGACGUACGGAAACUUGCUGUGGGCGUGUUCGGAACCGGGGCUGUACAAGACGGCGUUGAAGCUGUUCGAAGAUAUGAAGGCCGGGGGUGUGCCGCCGAACACGCACGCGUUCACGGCGCUCUUUACGGUGAUGGGGCGCGCGGGGGAGUGGCAAACGGCGCUGGAGCUCUGGAAGGAGAUGCGCGCCCUGGGCAUCAAGCCCAGCACGAAGACGUACAACGCGAUGAUCGGCAGCCUGGGUCGCUGCCGCAAGCCGGAUCUCAUGCUCAAGGCGCACCGCCAAAUGCUCGACGAGGGGGUCCGCCCCGACGACACCACCCGCCACUUCCUGGGCAAAUUCGGCCCCCCCGGAACCAACCAGAAUCCCAACCCAUGGGGGGCUGGGAAUCUGCUCGGCCAACGGGUGGAGCUCAAGCACUACGCCCGGGGGAACGAACCGAGGGUCGAGGUGCCUAGCGAUUCGAGCCCGGUGUACACCCCCGGGGAGGCGUACCGGCGAGGGGGGGUUCUGCACGCAAUCAAGCGGGAGGAUCCGGGGUGGGUCCGGCCGACGGAAGAGCGGAAGGUGGCGGCGGAACUGCGGAAGAUAGAGAAGGAGAGGGCGCGCGCAAGGGGGGAGGCGGGGUGGAGCGACACUGAAGAGAGUGGGGGUGUAGAAACCGGUGGGGUCGCGGGGAGGGAAAAUGAGGAUGCGGACGAAUGGCAGGAGGACGAGUAUGAGUGGGUGAGUGAGGACGAUGAGGAACUAGAGGAAGCGGGAAAUGAGGGGCCCGGCUAUGAUUGGAAGAGAAGAGGGGUGGAGAAAGGGGAGCGCGAGUUUGGCGGUAAGAAGGAAAGGCAGGCGAAGGCGAAGACUGUCCGGAGGGAUGGGCGAAGUACGCGGACGUCCGAACAGGGGGGGAGUAUCCAGAAGGGCACUGUCGUCAGGGACGGGCUCCCUGUUGUUGAAGUUGAGUCCGGGGCUGCUGUAGAGAACCCAGGAAUGGCAGAUUCGAGAACGAAAGCAGUGAGUAAGAAGAAAGGAAAAAGAGGGAAAGACAAGUCGGAAGAUGAGAGCGUCCCCUUGUGGCAGCUGAUUUGACCUCUGAGAGACAGUGGAACGAAUAUCCGUAACGCAGAAAGCAGCUCCUUCCGUGAGUCGACGUAUUGGGCAGGUGAGAUAAGUUGCGCGUCAUCAGAUGCCGCACAAUUCGGCAAAGUCCAUUUGAAAAAUCACUCAGACAUUUCUGCCGGCGAUUCGCUCAAGACAAUCGAGGAUUAUCUGGCUCGAUUUUGAUCUCGAUGAUGAGC